AUGGGGCCUGAGAUAGACCACGACCUGGACGUCGAAGGGGACGUGCUCCUGGUACUUCAGAACCCCAAUGGGCCAUUCGCUGUCUGGGGUGAGAAGGAAGCUUGGGAGCACUCACGACCAACGCCUCUGGACACCGAGAGUGAGCAGGCCUACGACUAUAUAUUCGAAGACCCUGCCUAUCGGAUAAGUUGUCGCAGUACCACCGAGGCUGCGCCGGAAUCACCAGAACGAGGCGAGCCUCGGCGCAAAAAACACAAGAGAAAUCCUGCAAGUGUCGCCGGCGAAGGCUUUGAAGUACGGUUCCGGCUUUCCUCAAGACACUUGAUAUUAGCCUCUCCCUAUUUCAGAGCCAUGUUGACCGGGCCAUGGGAGGAAAACUCCUCGCGAUCUGGUUCGAUGUACACAAUCAAUGCAUGCGACUGGGACGAAGAGGCUUUGACUGUGCUGAUGAAUAUAAUCCACGGUCACAGCGAGAGGAUCCCGAGAUCGAUGAGCCUGGAAUUGCUUGCCAAAAUUGCCGUCCUGGUUGACUACUACAAGUGCCACAAGAUUGUGAAAUUCUACUCCGACACAUGGACCACAGGAAUCUAUGAUGAAAAUGAUCUUCCUCGGAAAUACACCAGGAACUUUAUGCUGCGGCUUUUUACAUCCUGCGUUUUUGCCCAACACGACAUGUUUCACUUCUUGACACUCUUUGCGGUGCGGGAAACCCGAGGACCUCUUCGGACGCUAGGCCUCCCAUUUCCUGAUGGCUUAAUAGAGAAAAUCGACGACACGAGAAUGGCAAUCGUUGAGGUCAUAAUAGGCCAUUACCAUGAUCUGGUGGCAUGA